AUGGCCACCAAAGUGAGCCAACAGGUCAGCAGUCGCUCCAAACUGAAGGCCCUAUUCAGCCACCCGCUGUAGAACCUGCCACGCCCACAUCUGCCUGGAAGACGAUUGGCUGCUGAAGUUGAAGCCAAAGAAGAAGGGGGAGGACAGUGAGGAGGAAGAUGAGGAGGAGGACAGUGACAAAAGCAGUGAAGAUAGUGAGUGGUGAGUGAGAGAAAGAGGAGUAGGAGACCACUGAUAACAACUUAUAAGUAUAACAAUUUAAGAGGAAAAAAAUGCUUUCUACAUAACAACAAAGUAUAUAAUUCUGUCAUAGCAUAUUACUUUUCUCAUACAUUUGUGAUACUCAUUGCUUAAUUGGCCAGUUUCCCCAUCCAUCUUCCCCUGCUCUUUCCUGAUAGGCAGAAUGACAGCGAGCAGGAUGGAGACCCACCCCCCCUGGCUGAGGUACCACCUUGGGAUCUCUCGCUGGGAGCUGUAUGACAGGAAUGACCCUAACGUUGCCGAGGUGACUCAACAGAUGGUCACACAACGCAUCCUCAGUGCAGGUGAGAGGGUUGAGCUGGGGUGUGGACAUGUAGCUAGGAUUAGGAUUAAGACUAAGGUUAGGGUUGAGCCGGGGUGUGGACAUGGUGAAGCUAAGGUUAGGGUUCAGGUAAUGGCUAGGGUUAAUGUUGAGCUAGGGUGUGGACACGAAGCUAGGGUUAGGAUUGGGGUUAUGGCUAGGCUUAGAGUUGAGCUGGGGUGUGGACAUGAAGCUAGGGUUAGGGUUAUGGCUAGUGGUCUGUAUAAUUCAGGAAUGGCACUGAACAAAAAUAUAAACGCAACAUGUAAAGUGUUGGUCCCAUGUUUCAAGAACUGAAAUAAAAGAUCCCAGAAAUGUUCCAUAUGCACAAAAAGCUUAUUUCUCAAAAAUGUUGUGCACAAAUUUGUUUACAUCCCUAUUAGUGAACAUUUCUCCUUUGCCAAGAUAAUCCAUCCACCUAAAAAUGUGUGGCAUAUCAAGAAGCUGAUUAAACAGCAUGAUCAUUACACAGGUGCACCUUGUGCUGGGGGACAAUAAAAGGCCACUUUAAAAUGUUCAGUUUUGUCACACAACACAAUGCCACAGAUGUAUCAAGUGUUACAAUUGGCAUUCUGACUGAAGGAAUGUCCACCAGAGCUGUUGCCAGAUAAUUAAAUUUUCAGUUCUCUACCAGCAUGCCAGUGUUGUUUUAGAGAAUUUGGCAGUACGUCCAACCGGUCUCACAACCACAGACCACGUGUAACCACGCCAGCCCAGGACCUCCACAUCUGGCUUCUUCACCUGCGGGAUCGUCUGGGACCAGCCACCCGAACAGCUGAUGAAAUUGUGGGUUUUGCACAACUAAAGAAUUUCUGCACAAAUUGUCAGAAACCAUCUCAGGGAAGCUCAUCUGCGUGCUUGUCGUCCUCACCAGGGUCUUGACCUGACUGCAGUUCGGUGUCGUAACCAACUUAAUUUGGCAAAUGCUCACCUUCGAUGGCCACUGGCAUGCUGGAGAAGUGUGCUCUUCACAGAUGAAUCCCGGUUUCAACUGUACUGGGCAGAUGGCAGACAGCAUGUAUGGCGUUGUGUGGGUGAGCGGUUUGCUGACGUCAACGUUGUGAACAGAGUGCCCGGUGGUGGCGGUGGGGUUAUGGUAUGGAUAAGCUAUGGACAACAAACACAAUUGCAUUUUAUUGCUGGCAAUUUGAAUGCACAGAGAUACCGUGACGAGACCCGGAGGCCCAUUGUCGUGCCAUUCAUCCGCCGCCAUCACCUCAUGUUUCAGCAUGAUAAUGCAAGGCCCCAUGUCACAAGGAUCUGUACACAAUGCCUGGAAGCUGAAAAUGUCACAGUUCUUCCAUGGCCUGCAAUCUCACCAUUGAGCAUGUUUGGGAUGCUUUGGAUCGACAUGUACGACAGUAUUUUCCAGUUCCCGCCAAUAUCCAGCAACUUCCCACAGCCAAUGAAGAGGAGUGGGACAGCAUUCCACAAGCCACAAUCAGCCUGAUUAACUUUAUCCGAAGGAGAUGUCACGCUGCAUGAGGCAAAGUGUGGUCACACCAGAUACUGACUGCUUUUCUGAUCCACGCCCCUACCUUUUUUGUAACAGAUGCAUAACAGAUGCAUAUCUGUAUUCCCAGUGAUGUGAAGUCCAUAGGCCAAAUUAAUGUAUUUAAAUUGACUGAUUUCCUUAUAUGAACUGUAACUACAAAUCUUUGAAAUUGUUGCAUGUUGCUUUUAUAUUUUUGUUCAGUGUAGGUUGACUCCAUGUCCAGUUCAUGUUGAUUGAUACAGAGUUGACCUCAACUCUGCUUAGUAACACAGUCAUCAUCUUGUUUGCGGAUUUUGGGCUUCCCCUUGGGGUUGAAAGAUAAAAGAGUAACCCCACCAUUUUAAAGCUCAUUAAUUUAACCCAACUGACUUGGAAUAGCUACAGUAGUUUGUGUAAAAGCAAGCUACAGUGGUGCCACAGGCUACUGUACUGCAGACAGUCAUGUUUGAAUUACAAUAUUUUUGGCUUAGUUUACUCAAAAAAGCAGUAUAAAUUAAAGGGAUACUUCAGGAUUUUGGCAAUGAGGCCCUUUAUGUACUUUCCCAGAGUCAGGUGAACUCCUGGAUACCAUUUUUAUGUCUCUGUGUCCAGUAUGAAGGAAGUUAGAGGUAGUUUCGUGAGCCAAUGCUAACUAGCCUGCUAGCAUGCUAGCAGAUACCAUACACUUCCAGUCAUUGCGCUAACGCUAGUUAGCAUUGGCUCAUGAAACGACCUCUAACUUCCUUCAGGAGCACUAACUUUCUUGAGGAGCAUUAGAGAGACAUCACACACACACACACGCACACACACACACACACACAAAAUAGUUGUUAUUACAGUGGAUGAAGAGAUUACCCUGGGAGGCUGUAAAACAUUGUCUGAUGGCCCUCAAAUCCUGUCUGUUAUGAGACUGUUCAGAAGCCUUAGUUGGGAUCCAUUUGUUUAUCUGUCACAUGUAAACAAGGAAGUAGCAUGCACUCUAAAAAAAAACUGAUGGGUUGCAGGCGUUGGGUCACUUAGAUGGGUUGUUUUCUUUAAAAACUGCUGGAUUAUUGAUGCUGGCUGAUGGGUUAUUGAUGCUGGGUUAUUGAGAUAUGACUCAGUGGCUUAGCAGGGGCGUGGCUUUCAGAUAGUUAUUUUUGGCCACCCAUAAAAGUAAACGUAAUUCCAUCUGCUUUGUUGUAUUGUUAUUUGAUGUCACUGACACUUUAAUGAACAUUCCUCGAGACCCUAUGCAUAUUGCAAUGUUGGGAUAUGUAAAUAAUAAUGUUAUGAAUUUUAUAUUAGAAUAUGUAAUGUGCAAAAAAAUUAAAUUUGCAGUGUACAAACUUAACAUGAUGAAUAGGAAUGACAUUUACUCUUACAGGUGGCCAAAAAUAAUCAUCUGAAACUCAUCUCCCUAAAAUAACCUAUGGAGCUGCUACAGUGAGGGAAAAAAGUAUUUGAUCCCCUGCUGAUUUUGUACGUUUGCCCACUGACAAAGACAUGAUCAGUCUAUAAUUUGAAUGGUAGGUUUAUUUGAACAGUGAGAGACAGAGUAACAACAACAAAAAAAUCCAGAAAAACGCAUGUCAAAAAUGUUAUAAAUUGAUUUGCAUUUUAAUGAGGGAAAUAAGUAUUUGACCCCCUCUCAAUCAGAAAGAUUUCUGGUUCCCAGGUGUCUUUUAUACAGGUAACGAGCUGAGAUUAGGAGCACACUCUUAAAGUGAGUCCUCCUAAUCUCAGCUUGUUACCUGUAUAAAAGACACCUGUCCACAGAAGCAAUCAAUCAAUCAGAUUCCAAACUCUCCACCAUGGCCAAGACGAAAGAGCUCUCCAAGGAUGUCAGGGACAAGAUUGUAGACCUACACAAGGCUAGAAUGGGCUACAAGACCAUCGCCAAGCAGCUUGGUGAGAAGGUGACAACAGUUGGUGCGAUUAUUCGCAAAUGGAAGAAACACAACAGAGCUGUCAAUCUCCCUCGGCCUGGGGCUCCAUGCAAGAUCUCACCUCGUGGAGUUGCAAUGAUCAUGAGAACGGUGAGGAAUCAGCCCAGAACUACACGGGAGGAUCUUGUCAAUGAUCUCAAGGCAGCUGGGACCAUAGUCACCAAGAAAACAAUUGGUAACACACUACGCCGUGAAGGACUGUAAUCCUGCAGCGCCCGCAAGGUCCCUCUGCUCAAGAAAGCACAUAUACAGGCCCGUCUGAAAUUUGCCAAUGAACUUCUGAAUGAUUCAGAGGAGAACUGGGUGAAAGUGUUGUGGUCAGAUGAGACCAAAAUCGAGCUCUUUGGCAUCAACUCAACUUGCCGUGUUUGGAGGAGGAGGAAUGCUGCCUAUGACCCCAAGAACACCAUCCCCACCAUCAAACAUGGAGGUGGAAACAUUAUGCUUUGGGGGUGUUUUUCAGCUAAGUGGACAAGGACAACUUCACCGCAUCAAAGGGACGAUGGACGGGGCCAUGUACCGUCAAAUCUUGAGUGAUUACCUCCUUCCCUCAGCCAGGGCAUUGAAAAUGGGUCGUGGAUGGGUAUUCCAGCAUGACAAUGACCCAAAACAUACGGCCAAGGCAACAAAGAAGUGUCUCAAGAAGAAGCACAUUAAGGUCCUGGAGUGGCCUAGCCAGUCUCCAGACCUUAAUCCCAUAGAAAAUCUGUGGAGGGAGCUGAAGGUUCGAGUUGCCAAAAGUCAGCCUCGAAACCUUAAUGACUUGGAGAAGAUCUGCAAAGAGGAGUGGGACAAAAUCCCUCCUGAGACGUGUGCAAACCUGGUGGCCAACUACAAGAAACGUCUGACCUCUGUGAUUGCCAACAAGGGUUUUGCCACCAAGUACUAAGUCAUGUUUUGCAGAGGGGUCAAAUACUUAUUUCCCUCAUUAAAAUGCAAAUCAAUUUAUAACAUUUUUGACAUGCGUUUUUCUGGAUUUUUUUGUUGUUGUUACUCUGUCUCUCACUGUUCAAAUAAACCUACCAUUCAAAUUAUAGACUGAUCAUGUCUUUGUCAGUGGGCAAACGUACAAAAUCAGCAGGGGAUCAAAUACUUGUUUCCCUCAAUGUAUGUCACCCCAACUAAUGGUUAAAAAAACAACUGAUGGUAAAAUUAACCCAUGUUUGUAUAAUCCAUAUUCAUGCAACCCAACUGGCUGGGUCAAACUAACCCAGCGUGUGUUCUGUCCAAUAUUUACCUAGCGCUUGGUUACCAAAUAACCCAAAUUGGGUUGUUUUUAACCCAGCAUUUUUUGGUGUAUGGGUUUGAGCAUGUGGGGAAGGGGAAGGGGGGGCGGGAGUUUUGUGUGUGUGUGUGUGUGUGCGUGCAUGUUAGUGAGUAUAAUAAUUAAACACACAAUCUAAAAGAAACAAACAAAAGCCAAAAGCAAUUCUUAAACACUAACAAAUCAACCAUAAAUUGUGAGGAUACAAUCCAAAAACCACUGAAAAAAUUUUAAGUCUUUAAACUACAAAAUACAAAGUGAUUACACCAAACUAGAAUGCCAGCAAAUGGAUGAGAGUGAAGAAACAAUCAAAGCAGAAACUUGAAAGCCAGAUAAUCGAACGUCGUAAAUAAAUCUCCAGCUCCUCUGAUCUUUUGUUCUGAGGUCAUUCAAGAAGAUAAGAAAUCCCACUCACACACCCACACAUAUACACACACACAAACAUGUACUCACACUCAAACACACGCAUCCGCAUACACACACCACUUUGAAUACUGUAUGGAGAUUGUGUUGAGCAUAAAAGAUUACACAAUAAUCAGCUUGUGUGUGGGCUGGCCCAUAGCCACGUUUCAUAUACUCCUCCUCAUCUUCCUCUUCUUCCUCCUCUCUAAAGACCCUGGAUUCUAGAAUCACCACCACUUAUACCAGACAGUUUUUGAUGUUCAGCCACAUUCUGUACUUUACGUAAUGAGGACUCCCUGUGGAGAACUGGGGUAACUGCAUUUAUGUACAAUUCACUGGAAAUACUGCACUAUUACCAAAAUAAGACCAUCAGUGCAGUCAAUGACAAGUAACUAUGGUGUAUUUUCCUUUGAACGUUGUGGAGACCCUGUGACUUUCAUGUGUUUUAAUGUAUGUGUUAUGUCUGUGUGUUCUGAAGGUCUGCAUGCUGGUGUGUGAUUAUUAUGGUGACGUUGGUGCAUUGUCUGUUAUGUGUGUUUCAGUGCAGAAGAGUGGGGCACCCAGUAGCAAUAGUAGCAAUCAUAGCAUGGCCUUAUAAAUAAAAACGUACCAAUGACUUAGUCUCCGAAGAGCUAAGGAAGGCUAGCCCACUCUCCUAUAGAGGGUACAGGGAUGAGUGAGGGCUUUGGAGUUCGUAACAAACCUCAGUGCCCCAUGGUACACAGUGUCCAGCAUACGUAAUGACGCCACAGGGGCAAACCUGUACAAGGUAUUACCAUAGUCAAUUACUGGCAAGAAGGUAGCAGAAACAAGUCUCUUUCUCGCUUCAGAUGAAAAACAUGACUUAUUUUGAAAAUAAAACCCCAACUUGAGCCUGAGCUUUUUCACAAGACCCUCUAUGUGGGGUUUAAACAUGAGACACUCAUCUAACUAAGGGUUUCAUCUUAGAUUUCGUGAAAACCAUCAACUUUGACUUAUCAGCAUUAUCAGCUAACAGAGCUGAGCCUGGACAAUAGGAAAGGCACAUUCAUCAAAGAACAAUAUCAUUUACAAUACAAUAUGAUAUACAAUACGAUAUACUACAUUAUGAUAUACGAUAUGACUUACAAUGCGAUAUGAUACUAUAUAAUACAACUUUAUUGUAUCAGUCACAGUAAUCUUAUUUUGAAGGAAAAAAAUCACAUUAUCCUGUGUGUGUUUUAUGCAGGCAGGAGAGAGAUGCAGAGACAGACUUCAACCUAUUCUACUUCCCUGACGUUGAGAGACACAACGCAGAGAUUGCUGCCUUCCACCUAGACAGGUGAAAACAAUAAAAUAUGGACCUCCCAUAUGAGAUUCAUCUGAGUGUCAAAUGAAAGAGGAGAAACUAACUACUAAAGGCUACCACUGAUUUCUCUCUCUCUCUAUGUGUAUGUGUGUGUGUCCUCUCUCAGGGUGUUGGGUUUUCAUAGAAUCCCUCCAGUGGUAGGUAGACUCAUCAACUUAACCACGGAGAUCAGAGAUAUCACCACAGACCACAAACUCUCCAGAAGCUUCUUCACCUCUCCUGGUGCGUGGCGGUUGGUCCAAUCAGCUUUCAUAAUCAAAUCUAACUCUCCUGGUGUGUCCAAUCAGCACAGAAAGCAACCAAAUGUCCCUCCUUCUCUGUUAUUAAGCAUGUAUGUGUAUAGUGGCUUGCGCUAUGUGCUAGUCCAGAGUUUCCCAAAUGGUUGGUUGGGUUGCACUGGUGGGCUACAGUUUACUUUCCAUUUCAUUCUGGGUUUAGGACUGGUCACAAGAAAAAGCUCCCAAUGCUUUUAGGUGGGUUACGACCCCAAAUGUUUGGCAACAACUGUCCACUGUAGGCCUACUACUUGUAUUUUGUCAGUUUACUGUACUAUUCGCCCAACCCUCUCUCUCUCUCUCUCUCUCUCUUUCUCUCUCACUCUCUCUCUCUUGCUCUCUUGCCACCCCCCCCCCCCCCUCCUGCUCCACAGAGAACCCAGUGUGUGGUCGACCCCAGGUCCUGGAGGUGUCCCUGGCCUCCAUGCUGCCUGACCUCUCCCUGGCCCCCAGACGCUCCUGGAAGUCCCCUUGGAGACGCUCCUACAGCUGCACCAAACUGGCACCGUGGGUAUUGGGUACCAAAAUGGGCCCCUUGUCUGGGGGUCUCGAACUAUGGGAGGGGGGUGCAAAGAAACCAUGUGAAGUAAAUAUCUGUAUUAGUGGCUAUAUACAGUAGAUGGCAAACUGAUGGGGUGGAGGUUUAAAUUCCAAGUUUGAAUUGCAUUGAUAGAAUUCAACUAAUCAAUCAUCAACAAUGUAAUAAUGUGUAGUAGUAUCAUACUGUCCUCCACUGGGAAGAAGCCAUGCAUUUGACUAAAGCAUAUUGUAGUCCAUACCUCACAUGCAGCUGCUACUGUUUCAGAUGGCAGAAGAACCCAGACUACUGUGACACAGUGAAACAGACUCCUCCAUACAGCCAAGGCACCAGACUGGUGGAUCUAAUUGACAUGGUCAUUCUGGACUUCCUCAUGAGUCAGUAAGCACACUCAACUACACAGCUUCUACUACUAUUACUACUUCAGUCAUUCUUAUAUUCUUGAAUCAGUAACAAUUCAACACACUACCUUUAUUUGUCUCUUCUUUUUUUGUGAACAAUAUCGUUUUUUUUAUUGAAUCACUGAAGUAAUACAUACCAUAAGAAUGACACCCUGUUCUGAACAUUUCCCCACACAACCAUAUUAGAAAUGUGGCAAGGUUUAAGUCCAUUGAUAACGUGGAACCGAUUUCGAAUAGACAGAGAACAAUAAACUAUUAUUUUGCUAUAAUUCCUACAAAGGUAAUAUGGACAGACAUCACUACGAGGCUUUUGAGAAGUUUAGGAAUGACACUUUCCUGCUGCACCUAGACAACGGAAGGGUGACAUCAAACAUUAACAAGCCACGUCAUAUAGCUACCUCAAAACAGAUGUUAGCCACUGCUUCCAUCCACCACCAACCACAUUUGAAUCUUAUUUUCCAGCUUGCUUUAUUUUUAACAGGUGGUUUCAAUGUUUAGUGGCUGAUGAGCACCGAGAUGUUUUGUCUCUGCAUUUUCUUCAUAACGCUAAGUUUGAAAAUGAUUUGCAAGGAGAUAGUCAACAUGAUUCAUGCUAACUUUUCAGCUGGCUAGAAGAUGUGGUAAACAAUGAAGUUGACACACAUCAGUCCAAUCAAAGUUACCGGAGAAAAGACGUUGACUUAUCUGUGGCCAAUGACCUUGAGCCUUCUUGGACAGGCACUGCCAAUUGAACUAUAUGGCAGCACCCAAGGGGGCAGAAGCUGCAUGGCCCUCAGUGAGCUAUCCCAGUAGGUGCUGCGGUGUUGUGAGUGACAUCACCCUGAGCCAAUCAUGCGCAACCAGAGAAGAUUAAUGACACCUACGCUCUGUGCUUUCUCUGGCUGCCCCUCCGCCACAGAAGGCACAUGAGCGAGGCUAAAACAGCUGCAUUCUGGAGCUGCCUUACUAAAACAAUAAUGUGACAGGGAGGAGUCAAGUAUGCUGCUAUAUUAACUCAAGAAAUGAUUUUGUUUACAUUGUUUGCUAACUGAUAUGAUAUAAAAUUGUGACACGUAUUAAUGCCAGAAUUACAUGCAAAACAUCGGCAUCUGCUGGACAGUGGUAGGGCUGUGUCUCACUUGCCCUGAAUGAUGCGUCGGCAGUGCAUAUGUUGAAGUUGUUGUAGUUUAUACAAACCGGUAUUACAGUUAUGUAAUAUUGUGGAAAUUAUGUUAUUUUUAGGUUUUUAGGAUGAACCCUCAAUUUUGGUGCCCUUACGACAGUGUUGCAGGUAAAACUAUCAGCUUGUAUAAAGAUCUGGACAACUGCAUCAGAGAAAGUGCAAGAUGACAUCUCUCCCUCUCUCUUCCUUCUCUUUCUCCCUUUCCUCCUUCUUUCUCUCUCUAUCUAUCUCUCUCUCUCCCUAUUUUCCUUCUCUCUCUCUCUCUCUCUCUCUCUCUUUUCCUUCUCUCUCUCUCUCUCUCUCAAUCUUUUCAUUCUCUCUCUCCCACUUUUCAUUUUCUCUCUCUUUCUCUCUUCUCUCUCUCUCAUUGUCCUCCUUCUCUCUGUCUUUUUCUUCUCUCUCUCCCAAAUCUCUCUCUCUUUCUCAGGAUCCGUCGUUCCACUCUGAUGGGUCUGCGCCUCCUGUCCCUUCCGGGCUUCCGUCUGAGUGAUGUCAUGAGGGAGUCUCUGUCCCAGGACCCCCUGGAGGAUGUGGCCCCCCUCCUCUCUGUACAACACCUCUCCGUGCUGGACCGUCGCCUGAAAACCUUCCUGCAGGCUGUACUCACCUGUCUGGGUACCAUGAUGACGUUAUCCAUGAUGACUUACAGGGAUAUGAUGUUAGCUUAUACCGCCACUAGACAAUAA